AUGUUCUCGUGGGCAGCGCUACGCACCUCAACAGCCUUCACGUUACACUCUCCCCAAGGCGUUUGUUUCCUCCUUUAUGAAAGAGCUCGUUUUCUCCCAUUGGCAGUCGCCUUCUCUCCUCCAACUGACGUUUCCCGCUCUGGUUGCCCUCUCUCCUUUCCGUUUGUGGCCACAAUGGCCUUCUCUGCGAAGGCGGUGUUGGGGGCCUCUCUGUCGGUCCGGGAGGCGAAGCGCGCGCUGAGGCAAGUUCUCCUGAACCGUCGCAACAGUCUCCACCGGGCGCGGCUUGUACGCGCGCAGAGCCGCACGCGUUUGGCGCAAGUGUGCGAGAGCGAGAAGGAAAAUGGCAGAAACUGCAUGCAGGCGCCAGACGCGGUCUCGGACCUGCAUGCGUCGGAGACGAUGGGGAAGAGGAGUGCCGGCGCCUCUGCGGCCUCGCCGUGUGUGAACGCUGAAGGCGGGGACCGCGGACGAGACACAAGCCAAAGAGGAAGGAGUGGGGAGGAAGAAGGCGUUCUCGUCUCUCGCGGGCUCAGUGAAUUUGUGGAAAAGCAUGUGGGUGCUGGCCCCGUGUCGCCUUUCCUCAGUGCAGUCUCUCCGUCGUUUGGAGUGCCCGCUGCUUCGAGUUUUUCUCCACUGCCUGAAUUCCCCAACUGCAUGCGCGCUGGCGGGAUGGGUGCCGUAAGCCCUGACCGCGACACGGACAUGCAGUUUGCCAAGGAAGAACAGGGAGAAGAAGGUGAAGAGAGAAGAAGGAAGAUGAGAGGUCGCUUUCAGGACUUGCUUGGAGCAGUUUAUCCUCAAAUUGUUCACCUUGAUGGACAGCUUCGCGCAGGCAAGCGUCCGCUGGUCGUGAGCGGCUACUCGCCGAUCGGAAGCGAGUUGGACAGCACAUUUCUUCUGAGUCUCGCAGAGUCCCUGGGGCAUGCAUGCGCUCUCCCUUGCAUCGAAGAGAAACGAGCGCCUCUCACCUUCCGGCAGUGGUUCUGUGGGAUGCCGCUCGUCCCCGGAAAGUUCAACAUCCCGGCUCCGCAGCCGGAUUGUCGGCAUCCUGUCGUUGAGCCGGAUGUGGUGCUGGUCCCGCUUCUCGGCUUUGAUCGCCUGGGCCGACGUCUCGGCUACGGCGGGGGGUAUUACGAUCGCACGCUUUGCGAGCUGCGAAGAAGAAGAGGCACUCACGGUUCGCCUCGGAGAAUGAACGAGAGAGACAGUUUCGGCCCAGUCGGACCACUCUCGGAGCGGCUUCUCGCGGCGCAGCCUCCGCGAUACGCCACAGUGCCUCUCUUGGUUUGUGGGGUCGCGUUUGACUGUCAAGAAGUCGAUGAAAUUCCGACGGAAGGAUUCGACCAGCCGCUGGACUGCGUCCUCCUCGAAAAUGACCUGAAACUGUUUUCCCCCGAACUUGCAGACAAAUUCCAGUAGAGCCGAGCCAGCGGCAGAAGCCAGUUCAAACAGACAUGCAAAUAAAUGCAGAGAUAUGUAUCUGUGUAUUUGAAUAGGCAGAACAGGAGGCAUCAAAAUGAACACCUUUAUUCAAAAAAUGCAUGUGUAUGCGUAUAUAUAUAUAUAUAUAUAUAUAUGGAGAAAUGUGGAAAGGAGUACAGAUUUGUGUCCCUCGGAUAGCAUUAUCAUUCGUCGUUUGUCCAUCAGCAAGGAGCAAACGCUUUCUCCGUUCUGGGGGUCUUCUUCGAAGUGCUGCUUUCGCAUACGAACGAUCCAGCGCAUGGACCAGCUGGGGCUCGGAAGUUCUUUUGCCGUCUGUCUGCCCUGUCGAGGCACUCUGCCGUGGAAACAUGCAUGUGUAUGCAGUUGCGGAAUGCCAAUGUCAAGGAAUGCAUCUGCAGCGGACUUCGUGUGGUCUCCGCCGUCCCCAAACUCAAUGCCUCCGCAUAGCCCUCUCAACAUCUAUUUACAUACAUAAAUAAUACAGAUAUGCAUAUAUCUUUUUACAUAUUAUGUAUAUAUACAUCAUAAUAUGUAAAUAUAUAUAUAUAUAUAUAUAUAUAUGUAUAUGUCUAUUAUGUGUCUGUGCAUGCAAGUGAGCGGUUGGCUGCACGGAAAACUAGUAUAUACUUGCUUUGUGCCUUUGGGUGUGUGUGUCUCGUCUAUUUUCCAUUGCCUCGUGGAACAAGAAGAGCCGAAGGCUCUCCUGAAGUUUGGGCGGUGAAGCUGUGGAGGGAGGCCUG